AUGAAGGAAACUGAGGCGGGGUUCUGCUUCCGAGCUCCUCUCCCUGUUUGUGACUUGGAUGAUGACGUACCGCUAUAUCCUGACACGAAACGAUUAAAGUUAUGUUCAUCCCGUGUCUCAAGUGUUUACGAGAGAAUCUUCAAUCGGAAUUGUCGGGAUCUUAGUGGGAAAGACAAAAGCAACAACACAACUCAUAACGGUUAUUCCUUUGGAAAUCUACUACCAUCCGUGAGUUUGAAGGCAUUUAAUCGGCCUGGUGAUGUUUGUCAUUAUUUCCUACAAAGUUUUGUAUCCGAUAAUCAUACCUACUCGCAAAAAAUGAAGCAGUCAUCCGUUUUCAGCUCUACUCCAUUUAGUGGUCACACAAAGUCAUCUCUAAAGAAAAAUCACAUUUCAUCUGAAAGGCAGAUAUAUCAACGGCUAUUAGAUAAGGCGUCAUCAUUUUCCCGAACUCCUGCUGGCAAACCUACAAAUAAUUUAUGUGGUUCCAUCACCAUAAAUCUUGACGAAAUUAAAGAUAAUCACUAUUCUUUACUGCGGCAAUGUAAUCUUUCUCCAAUUCUUCCAAGCAACAGAAUCCAGCGAAUUGACGACGCUAGCACAAAUCACCAAACCGUUUCUAUCCCAUCUUCAAAUACCAGUGACUCGAAAACUCGUGCGUGGCUUGAAAGUAUUGCAGAAUCUCCUUACUUGUCGGAUAACUGGCUUAACAACUUGACCUCAAGUUAUCAGGCUAAAAAGAAUGAACGUGAACGUGACUAUGAGUUGGCGAGAGCAAACAUACGAUUUUGGGAGAAGCAGCGUGCUUCAGCUGAAAAAGAGCGUAUUGACAAUCUUGAACAGAGGCUUGCUUGUUUACUAAGAACACCUCCUAUUCUGGAAGAUCCAUAUUUAGUACCUCAACCUAUUCCUAUUGAACUGCCGUAUAAACCUGUCAAAGUUAAAGAACCCAAAGUACCAAUUCUUCCUGUUUUAACUGCACCUCAACUAGCUGAGAUUGAAGCAGCCCUUCGUACUGGUUCUCCAGAUGAAGUACUUGUAGAUAAAUAUAAAUUAGUUGUUACACGUCGUGAAUUAAUGACAUUAACUGGAACAAAUUGGUUAAGCGAUAUGGUAAUCAAUUUCUACUUACAAUUGUUACAACAUCGAAGUCAACAUCAAACAAAUCUUCCUCGUAUCGCUGUUUUAUCAACAUUUUUUUAUGCAAAGUUAACAGCACCAAUAGGUGGAGGUUAUUCAGGAGUACGACGUUGGACACGACAAUCAAAAUUAUUUGAUCAAGAUAUUGUACUUAUUCCAAUUCAUGACAGAGGAAUGCAUUGGUGUUUAAGUUGUAUUGAUUUACGUGUCAAAACGAUAACAUAUUACGAUUCCAUGGGCUCUGGUAACAUGAAGUGUUUGAAACAGUUGAUGGAUUACUUGAAACAUGAAUCAUUAGAUAAAAGAAAUGUUGAACUGCCAGAUCCGGAUUCUUGGAAACUCGUUAAUACAGAGGACACUGUGCCUCAACAGUUCAACGGUUCCGAUUGUGGUGUUUUCCUCUGUACAUUUGGUGAAUUCAUCUCUCGUGAUGCUUCAUUUACAUUUAGUCAGGAUGAUAUGCCAGGAAUACGUAAACGUAUGAUCUAUGAAAUAUUGACACAACAAUUAUUAACUACAAAUUUCAAAUUAAUUGAUGAUAAUAAAUAA